CUUCCAAACUUUCAAAUCAUAUCCUUUUCCAGACACGCACACAGCUAUCGACCAAGGAAAUAGGGCAUGAUACCAUCCAUCAACCCAAAUUCGUCAACUAUUAUUUAUUCAUUAAUCACAUCAUCCAUUUAAAAAAUUACGGCAGCAGCUUUCAUUGCACAAGAUUCCUCCACUUAGUACCGGGUGGAGCCUUUCAUCGAGUCACACCAUAGCUUACUUGACCGAGCUUUGUCUACGACAUAAAAUCAGACAACACAGCAUUUAUUCCUUACCUUGCGAAAAGAUCCAUAAAGGAAGACUCAUCCUUCGAAUUCUGGAAAUUUUCAUCCCUCAAUCAAUUCGAUCCUCAUCAACCAUAUCCAAUUCCCUCUACCUCUACCCUCUCAGUACAAUCAAACAAUCAACAUACACAAUGUCUUUCGAUAUGGAAUGGUCUCCGGAAUUCUGCCUCGCCUGUGACAGGCAAACAGAUGGAGGUGUUUACUGCUCAGAAGCUUGUCGUCUCGCAGAGUACGAAAAGGCCUCGUCAAGUGAGAAUUCAUUACCCUCUUCACCAUCAUCACUUCAUGGGGCUUCUUGGCCGUCAAAGUCAAAUGGUUUCUACAUGGAGCCAGCAUACAACUUCAGCAGUGCACAACCAUACGGCACAACCCCCUCAUCUAGAACCUCAUACUUUUCCCAACCUACGAGAUCAUCUCCAGUUAACAAGGCUACCUUGACACCUUCGAGCUCACAAUCAAGUCUCUUCUCAAUGCAAAGCACCACUUCAUCGACGUGCUCGGAACCGGCACAGCUGUCAGCAGAAUCAAAGCAGGCUUUGAGGGCAUACGCUAGCUCAUUUGAUCAAUCUCGAAACUCCAGACGACAAUCUGGCAGUCAUUAAACAAUUUACCUACUACGAAAAACAUUUUCUACCAAUCAUCAUUCUCAACUUCGGCAUUCAACGGCGUUAUUUCAGACCACACAUAUUUCUCAUUAUGAUACAAAUACCCAUUCCUCUUCUCAAAAAUUCUUAGCAGGAGUCGGCGUUACCUUUACAAUAUAUGAUCAAAUUGAUUGUUGUACAAAAGUGUUAUCAUUUGGGCACACAUUCACACCAUUCAUCUCAUCAAUCUUCGGCAUUCCAAAAAAUUUCCUUGGGUCAUUUGUUACAAACUUGCAUUGGAGCAUUCAGAAUAGCGAGGAGUGGAGUCACGCAAUUUGUUUUCGGCACUACGCUUUUUAUUUUCUUAAUACAUCAUGGGCAUAUUAGGAAGGCAUGGGAGGGAUACCCAGAUAUCAUUCAAAGUAUUUUGGGAAAGCAUCGGACAAUGGGAUAGGCAGCGUUGGAGCAUUUUAUUCAUUUGUUUGCAAAGGAAGGAAGGAAGGAAGGAUCCACUUGAUGGUGAAAGGGCGCCUAUUUUUUCUCCUCUCUCGAUUCUCGCUUGAUAUAACAAAUCGUUACUUCUCUGUUCUGUGUUUUACGAAGCCUGUUAGCGAUAGUUUGGUUUGGAUGGAAUAGGAUGGGUGAAUAGGAAGGAUAUACCACAUGAUGGUUUAAAUCCAGUAGAAUAGUCGGGUCUCGUCAUUUACUUUUCAAUAAAGUAAAUUGACUUACUCUAUCUAGUAGUAUAAUAGUCAGAACCAAAAAGAAUAAGAAAGAUUCUUCAGUCCUGUCAUUAAAUGACGGACUCGACACCACACAUUACG